GGAGGCGGAACGGAGGCAGCGGGGACAUCGGUGCCGGGGCGGCCCUCGAGCCUCCAACAGAGACAGAGCGUUGUGUUGGACCUCCCGGCUGCAGCUCCGCUGUGGGAUCUGCCCGGGACACCUCUGGUUGUGCUGAGCUGCCCGGCCCAAGCGCAAUGCAGACAGGACCAGAUUUAAGCUGGAUGGAAUCAGGCCAGGCUUUGACCUUCAUUGGCCACCAGGAAACAGAAGGGAAAGGAAACGUUCAUACAGGAGCAAAACCUCCGUGGCUAACAGAUGAAGAUGAGGAAGAUGGAAGCAAACAACAAAUUGGACCUUCAUAUGAGGAAUUUCUCAAGCAAAAGGAGAAGCAGAAGCUCAAAAAGCUCCCAGCAGAGCGUGUUGGUGCCAAUUUUGACCAUACCUCCCAGACGGGGGACAGCUGGCUUCCUUCCUUCGGCCGGGUUUGGAAUCAUGGCAGGAGGUGGCAGUCAAGACAUCAGUUUAGAGCUGAAUCAGGAGGAAAGAAGAAAAAAAGGUGAUCAGAAGAACACGGAAGAAACCAGGCUCCGAUCUCUGCGAAAAGGUGGACUAGAGAUAGCUGUACCUUCUGUCAGUGCCAAGGUUUUCAGUACUUGUGUAUGUAUGUACACAUCUAGAUGCAUUCAGUCUCUUGAAAGGUCAUAUUAGCAUGGAAGUGAUGAAUUGAGCACCAUUACUGAAAGCUACACGUCAAGGGGAUGCUGCAGCAGAUGCACUCUCUCUCAAGAGCAUGUACCAUGUAUCUAGGCAUUAAUUUCUGAAGUCGCAGACAAUACAAAGACAGAUCCUGCCAGCAGGGAUAGUCCAUUGCCCAGACAGUGCCUUCAUAGACAGAAAUUCCACCUUACACAGCAUCUCUUGCCAGUGUCCUACAUUGCAUUUUAGCAUAGUAUCUCUUUAAAUAAACUUACUAAAAAAUCCA